CCGCCCACUGGGAACCGGCCAAUCCCGGACGCCGCUGGAAGCCUCUCAGCCGGCCCACAGCCAUUCAGAAGAAGCGCAGGAGGCGGGGCGGAGGGGGGAGGAGGGCGCUGACGCGAUGACGGCCGAGCGAAAAAUGUCGCUGCGCGGACGGUCCCGUCGUCGAGGGGCUGACAGGCGGCCGGGCCUCUGACCGUCGCGCGCGCCAUGGACGACGAGCAGCCCGACAGCCUGGAGGGAUGGGUCCCGGUCCGCGAGGCCCUGUUCGCCGAGCCCGAGCGGCACCACCAGCUGCGCUUCCUCGUGGCCUGGAACGACGCGGAGGGCAAGUUCGCCGUGACCUGCCACGACCGUACGGCGCAGCGGCAGCGGCAGCGGCGGCGCGAGGGGAGCGCUCGGCCGGAGGGGUCUCCGCCCAGCUGGGCCGGCCUGCUCUCGGCCGCCGGGCUCCGCGGCGCGCACCGGCAGCUGGCGGCGCUGUGGCCGCCGCUCGAGGGCUGCUUCCCGCCGCUGCCCCCGGAGCUGGAGGCGGCCGGCGGCGGCGCCUGGGGCCUGUGGACGCUCGUGUGGCCGGCGCGCCCGGGCCCCGGCGAGGCGGCGCUGCAGGAGCUGUGCGCGCGGCUGGAGCGCUACCUGGGCCUGGCGGCCGAGGGCUGCGGCGGCGCGGCCGUGCGUGACGCCCUACUUCCGGCCGACGGCGGCGCGCCCGACUGCGAGAGCCCGCGCGCCUUCCGGGAGCGCGCCCUGCGCGCGCGGCUGGCGGAGGCGGGCGCGCGGCUGCAGCAGAUUCUUCAAGGCCAUGAAAGAGCCAACACCAUGGUGGCGCUAAUGGACGUCUACGGAGAAGAAGAUGAGGUGUACCAGGAGCUUGUUACCGUGGCAACCAUGUUCUUCCAGUAUUUACUGAAGCCGUUCAGAGAUAUGCGAGAAGUUGCAACUUCAUGUAAGCGUGAUAUUUUGAAAUCCUUGGAGGAGGACGAGCUGGGUCCUAAGAGGAUAGUGGCUCUGCAGAAGGAAGCCCAGGAGUGGGCCAGCCAGGCUGACGAAGCCAUAGUCUCUAUUCAGGACAUCACAGUGAAUUAUUUUCAAGAAACAGUGAACGCAUUAGCAGGGAUGCAGAAACAGAUGGAGCAGGAUGAGAAGAGGUUUGGCCAGGCUGCCUGGGCCACGGCAACUCCCAGGCUGGAAAGACUCAAGCUCAUGUUAGCUCGGGAGACGCUGCAGCUCAUGAGGGCCAGAGAGCUGUGUUUGGAUCGCAGAAGAGCCGAGAUCCAGGGGAAGUUGGAAGACCUUCCAGAACAAGAAAGAAAUAUAAAUGUGGUAGACGAACUAGAAAUAAAAUAUCAUGAAGUUCAAUUAGAACUAUAUGAGAUUCAACUUGAGAUACUAAAAUAUGAAGAAAUACUACUGGUUACACAGUUGGACUCUAUUAAAAGACUUAUAAAAGAUAAACAGGAUGAAGUUGUCUAUUACGACCCGUGUGAGAGUCCAGAGGAACUGAAAGUCACUGACCCUAUGAAGGGGCUGCAGGACCAUGGGAAUGUGGAGAUGCAGGAGCUCAGCAGGCAGUGUCGGCAGCUGGAGUGCAAGCGGGGCCGCAUCUGCGCCCGGAGGGCCCGUCUCAGGAACAGAAAGGAUCAGUGCAAAGAGCACCAUCGGCUCCGACUGCAACAGGCUGAAGAGAGCAUCAGAUAUUUCCAUCAGCACCACAGUAUUCAGGUGAAAAGAGACAAGAUGAAAGAACAGGAGCAAAAGAAAAAAGAAUGGAUAAGCCAAGAACGCCAGAAGACGCUCCAACGAUUGAGAGCAUUUAAAGAGAGGUGCCCCGGUCGGUCUGCACCCAAAACCCCUCGCCCGGAACCCGAGGCUCCACACCUGCCCCCGCCGACCCCAUCCCCGGCCUCCCAGGGAAAGGCGCUCGUCCAUCCGUCCUCCAGGAAAACCAGAAGUGCUCCCUCCCGCCAAGCUAGCAACGUUCAAACCCCCAAGUGCAGAGACUGUCCCGGGACCGUCCCCGUCCAGAUGGCUGUCCCAGCUGGUGACCAAACCCACUCCAAACCCAGCGAGGAGCCGUCCCUGCCGCCCCCACCUCCUCCCCCGCCGCCUCCCCCUCCUCCCCCGCCUCCCCCUCCUCCCCCUCCGCCUCCGCCAGCACCUCCGCUCCCGGCUCCGUCCUUUUCUCCUCCGUCCGGGAAUCAUCGGAGUUCACAGCUCAGGACCCCAGCGCAGGAUGACCAGCCGCUCCCUCUGGUGUGUGACUCUCCUGCUGAGAGGCGGCCGGACCCCUCAGGCCCUUUCCAAUGCCCCGUUGCAGGGUCCAUGGACGAGGUGCUGGCCGACCUGAGGCGCGGCAGAGCCCCGCUCCGCAAGACGGAAGUGCCCGCCCGGGCCCCUCCCCGCACCUCCCUCAACGAGCACAUCCUGGCGGCCAUAAGGCAGGGCGUCCGGCUGAGGAAGGUCCACCCGGACCGCGGCCCCGGCCCCAGCAGCAAGCCGGCCAGCGACCUGGAGGACAGCAUCAAGGCCGCGCUGCAGAGGAUCCAGAGAGUGUCUGCCGACUCCGAGGAGGAGGAGGAGGAGGAGGAGGAGGAGGAGGGGGAGGACGGGAGGGAGGAGGGGGAGGAGGGCAGCCCUGGAGAGUGGGACCACUAGCUCUUCUCCAGGCCGAGGAUCGGAGUGAGGCCACGGCGCCAGGCCUGCUGCUGACCAGCACGUAGACAGGGACGCGUGGCCGGGGGACACGAGGCCUGCAGGGCCGGCUGUGGCUUCUGGAAUCCAGGCAGCGGGGAGGCGGCUGCCGCACACACCGGACCCGGGUCGGGAUCUGAGGACCCGUAGUGAGUGUCGCCGCCGGCAGCGAAGGACGGGAGCACGACUGUUCACCGCUUUGCGGAUGUUCUAGAUCACAUGUGUCAAACACAAGGCCCGCGGGCCAAAUCCGUCCCGCCAGGCCUUGCCAUGUGGCCCGCACCGCGCUGUCAUCACUGCACUCCGCUG